ACUGCGUGAUUUCAGAAGUAGUCCUCGGGUUUGCACCCGCACCUCUCAUCCACUCCUCUCCCUGGUCGGUUGAUGAUCCGUAAAUGAUCCAUUGGCUUAUAAAAGGGCGAGGUGUUCACUGACGAGAGUUGUUCCUAUUGUGCGUAGAACAAACUCAACGAUUUCCGAGAACUUCACACUCGAUUCAGGUUUCCGCGGUUCAAAGUAACACGCGUCGAAAGAUCUUCUAUCGAAACAACGCCAUCCAGAAACUAGCUGCUUCAUUUCAGCAAUGGCGGGGUCAGCAAGUGAACCGCAGGGCGGCGUAAUGACCCAGAUAGCCCGAUCGGUGGGCUUCUCGAAGAGCUACAACUUCUGGCUAUGGGCUGUCUUCGGCGGUGUUCUGCUAGGGUUUUCCAUAUCUCGGUUACCAUACCUCGACUUCUACGGCGUCUUCUGCAGCGGCCCGGGAAUGGCCAGGGGUAACAUGGGAGCCGCCACACCUGGCGAGUGCUUCUACUACCUGAACCUCACUCUCGGCGGCCUCGCCAUCAGAACACAUCUAUGGUGUGUACUGCCCGCGGCUCUGCUCGCCUUCGGACAGUUCGUCCCCAUAUUCCGACGCAAGGCCCUGUGGCUCCACCGAAUCAACGGUUGGAUCUCGACCGUUCUAUCUCUCAUCGGCGCCUUUUCCGCCCUACCGAUGUUGAAGCACACGAUGGGUGGCAGUACCGAAACCCAGUCGAUGAACGUCCUGCUGCUUGUCAUCUUCGUCACUGCGGUCUACAAGGGAAUUGUUGCCGCUAAGAACCACAGGAUCCAAGAGCACCGCGACUACAUGUUACGUGCUUGGGUUUACGGUGGAUCUGUCAUCACCCUCCGACUUAUCAUGUUGGCCACCUCCAUCAUGAUGUCGUACAGUGGCAACUGGUACGUCGCCAUACCAUGCGACAAGAUCGAGUACUUGAUGGACGCUCAGAACGCCACCAUGGCUGAGUACCAAGCCAAGUACCCCGAGUGCGCACCUCAGUGGUCUGGGGAGGACCCGAACCGCCACGUUGCUGUUCGUGUAUACGUCCUCGACGACGACCCAGUGGGUGUUGCUGCCGCCCACUCCCACUGCUUCGGCAUGUCCGGUUAUGUAGCCAUCAUUCUGCACUUCGUGGCAGCUGAAACCUACAUCUACUGGACUUCGCCCGAGCGCAAGGUCUCUAAGGCCAUUCGAGCUAGCGAGACUAACCACGCUGCUAAGAAGGUGGAAUAA